AUGAACAUGGUUACUGCUUUAGUGCUGAACAAGAAGUGCAAUUUUUCAAGAAUCGUAUUCCAUUACAUGAAGGAGAACAUUACUUCUGGCAGCAAAACAUGGAUCUAUCCAAGAUUUGUACAAAUGAUUCUUGAUCAUGCGUAUCCGGGUCUAGAGAAAGAUCAAAACAAUGAUUUGUUGGCAUUGUAUCAUAUGGAUAAUGAGACGUUGAUUGUAUUAUCUAGGUAUCACAAAAAUUAUCCAGAAUCAACAACAAAGGCAGAAUUCUUUGGAUUCAUCAAAGAUGCUAACUACAAAGAUCCAGAUCCUGUUGACCAUCUGAAGUGGAGGAAUGAUAAAGAGAUGAAAGAACCAAGUGCAGCAGAUGAGUUAGAAAAGUUAGCAGAUUUCAAAGAAACUCGAAAUGAAUGGUUUUUGAAAGAAGAAAAGAAGAAGAGGAGUAGAAAGACAACUCUGAAAGUACAAGUAGAGGAGGGUUCAUCUUCACAACCUAAGAAGAAACGUCAAAAGAAAGCUCUUAAAGAAAGUUUUGAAGCUGAAAAAGCAGCUAAAGCAGCUGGUGAGAAUGUGGGUGACAAUGAAGAAGAAAGUUCAUCUAGUUCUGAAGAGGAUAUUGAUGAAAUUGAACGUUUGAAAAGAAUUAGGGAUGAUAUAGAAAAACAAAAACAGUUAAAGAGAAAAAGGAGAGAGGAAAAAGAGGAUGAGUUGUACAUUCCAUCUCCAGAGUGUGUUCAAAAGGUCCAAACACCACCGUCUGAGGGUAGAAAGAAGUCAAAUGCAAGGAAACGUGUUGAGUUUCCACGUGUUCUGGAGAAUAUUGGUCUUGAAGAUAUUGGAGAUUUUAGUUUUGUGAACGAUGAGCUUGUAAAGAAGCUGCAACAGAAAGUGGAUGAUGUGUUAGUUGAGAAUAAGAAGUUGAUAGAUCGUGAAAAGAAACUUGAAAAGCGUGUCAAGACAGUUGAAGCUGAAAACUCGUCAUUGUUGAAAAGAGUUAAAGCUGAUCAGGCUGGCAUUGAUAUUCUUAAAGUACGUAUUGCUGAGCUAGAAGAGGAAAAGGCUCGGAGCGAUGAGCAAAAUGAGUAUUUCAAGCUAAAGAACAAAGAGCUAGAGGCUACCAAUGCAAAGAAAGAACACGAGAUGUAUAUGAUGAACAAAGUUGAAGAAGCGAGAGCUCGUCGUCAAGCUGUGAUUGAAGCUGAAAUGAAAAAUAAAGGCAAAGGUGUUCCGAUAGAAGGUGUUUCUGAAGUAACUGAAAGGGCUAUUGUAGUAUCUGAACCAACAGUUGAUCCAGAAAAGACUAUUCUUGAUGCUUGCAUUAUUUCAUCUAUUUCUGAUGAUGUGUAUUCUGCUAGUAGUCAUGAUGAUGAUGGGAAUGAUGACGACGAUCAAGGUACUUCAGGCAUCAAGCUUAUUGAAGAGUCAAAUGAAGAAAAUGUUGAUGAUUAUCUUCAUGACGAUGCUAAUGAAGAACCUGAAAACGCUCAAGAGGAAGGUGAAAUUAGGCAUACUUAUACUCUGGAUGAUAUCAUCAAAAUGACGCACAUUGAAGAUAUUAACUUCAAGUUUGAUUUUGAAGAAGAACUGAAUCAGUUUAAUAUCAAUCAGCAGCCCGAUUAUCAGUAUAAUCAAGUAAACGUAGAUGAGUUAAGAAGGGGAGUUGAAGAAUGUAUAAAGAACAAGAGUUUUGAUGAAAUGCCUAAAGAAGAACGAAUUGAAGAAAAGAAAAAAUGGUUCAGAAAAGACACUGAGAGGAAGUUCAAAAGGCCGCUGAAAUAUUAUAAGACAGACAGAGAAGUGUCUUUGAGUGAUAUUAUUAGUUGGGGGUAUCUGCCGCAGGUGAAUGCAUACGCAAUACGAAGAGAAUUUGGUGUGCAGUACUUUGAGUAUAUUCAGGAUAUCAUGUCUUUGCCCUGGUGGGAUGUCGAAGAAUUACCAAAAGUUAGAACUUUGACUUAUCCUAUCAGAGAGCGUGAUAUGCCUACGUGGGGUCUGAUGAAAUUUGAAGCUUUUAAAGAUUUCAAACACUGGAAACCACAUCAACCGAAGAAAGUGAAGAGGGUGGAUCCAGUGACUGGUAUUGAAGAGACGAUCUUGCAGAUAAAAAAGCCCAGAGUGUUAAAGAAUAUCUCGUUGCCAAAGAUGGAACAAGAGUUUCACAAAGGGUUCUUGUGUUGGGUGUAUAGUUGUAUGUCUACUGAAGUCGUGAUCACAUACAAGGUGGAGAAUGAAAAAGGAAUCAAUUCAGAGAAUGAAUGGUCGUCCAAGUGGAGGAAGAUUGAGAAAGAGGAAGCUCUAAAAGCUGAGAAAGAAAGACAAGAUCGUGAAAAGCUUAAAGGUAAAUGGAUGAAUAUACAAGCUGAAGAAACGCUGAAAGCUGCUAAAGAAAAUGAGAAGCUGAAAAGUUUGUUGAAGAGAAAGCCGAAGCAAAGGGAGGAAACGUUCAAGUCCCUGUGA